AUGAAUUGCCUACCUGGGAACAAUGUAGAACGAGGAGUUUCGCAUUUUAUUUUUCCUUUUCACGUUCUGCUACACGCAGUGCGCAGUUGGUUUUCCCUUUUGGCGCUUCUCCUCGUUGUACUGCAUGGGGUAACGCUCUGUAAGAGUGGCCGCGGGGUGGACGCGUCGCGGGGCUCCCCUGGCGUGCCCCCCAUUUUCAGUGUCAUCAGCAGCGAUCUCAAACUGGGCAACCAAGCGGACUACGUGAGGAGGGCGCACCACCACGAGGGGGUGAGACUUUACGAGCAGGUCAGGAACAAAUGCAGGGUGUACUUUUUGCCGCUCGUCUGGCCGUGCGGCGAGAAGGGGGGCCCACAAGGGGCAACCACAGAGAGAGACAAUGAGGGGGAGGCUAACAGAGCGGUUAAAGAAAGUGCUGACAAAGCCGCUAACCAAACCGAUGGGGACACCCCCGAGGGGAGUGCUCCGCGCGCAGCACGGGGGGACGACGAAACCCCCUUCGAAUACCUGCAGCGAAACCUGGGAGACAUGAAACACAAAAUGGAAAGCCUCGCGGAACACAUCGCACAGUCGGACGUCGUCAUAGUCCCCAUGAAUUACCACGACAUUUUAAAUAAACAUCUCCUGGACAUUCCUCAGUUUAGCAACUUCCUCAAUGUGAUGGACUUGCUACUUUAUGUGAACCAAAGCAAUGAUAGCCACAAUGUCAUUUUUUACAUAUACAAUUUUCAUGAGGAUGAUGAUGAGGAUGCGGCGGGAGGUAGAUCAUCAAGCGAUGACAGCGACGUAGCGAAGGAAAAGGCAUCCAUCGCUGACAUAGUAAAGUCGUUUCUUCGAAGCCACUGGAAGGAUCAGUACCACACGUGUGUGAAGGAGAGGUUCGUCUUUUCGAGAGACAACUGCAUCGAUGUGGAUAGAUGGCGUGGCCAAAUUGGGAAGAAGAGGUUCUACAACCGAGUGAAGGUCCCCAUUCGGGGUAACCCUCCAGAGGGGCAAAUCACUCUGUCACCGCGUAACCCUGCAGAGGGGAAAAUAACUUUAUCACCGCGUACCCCUCCAACUGGGGAUCGCAGAAGCUACUCCAUCUUCACGAAUCACCGUCUCGACGCGCUGAAGAACCUGACUAGGGAAAGCUACUUCGUGUAUAAUUUUUUUUCCAACUUGAAAAUCUCCAUUCUCCAUGAAUAUUUAAAAUUGGCAAGCCAACUCAAAAUGGACAAUUUUGAUUCCCAAUCAGAUGCGGGAAAAAUGAAAAUAAAAAUGACCCAAGUGGCGAAAGAAGUAGAAAUGCUUCUUAACAAAUUCUUACUCUUCCAAUUAGACAAGAGGGUCGUUAAGAAUGAAGACAUCAUAGAACAGAUCAGAAAGAAGCAGCACUCUUACCUCGUCCGCAUCGUCCUAACAGACCUGCUGGAAAAAUAUGAGCACUUUCUGGAGACCCUCAUUCGACAAUUGUACCAAUCGUAUAGACAGAGAAUAAAAAAAAUAAAAAUAAAUUCAAAUAUGAUUAGUCAGUUUGCGAAGGAAAUCAAAAACAUGGAUGAUCUGUUCCACCUCUACAACUCCUCCAUGUCCUUUGUCCACCACUUCAAGAACAAAGAGGAUUACUUUCGGGAAAGGGCUAACUGUAUUGCCCUUCACAUGGAAGCAAAAAUGCUGCAAACAAUGAACGAAAUCACUAUCGAGAUUAUUAACUAUUAUAUAUCACAGGGGGUGUACGUUCGGCAUUACGAUUUCACUUCUUCUUUUCUUUCCCUGAGAAAGUACUCCUUCUUUUCUUACAUUCUCCAAAAAAUCGCCGACAUGCUCAGGAACAGAAUAAGCCUCAGCUUUAACUACCUAUCCCCGAGCGCCUUCGGCUUCUCCUCCUACAAGGACGACCUCUCCUUGUCGCCCAAGCGAGACCUCAUGAUCACCACCAGCGAAAUGGACCAGGUGGAAAAAAUGUAA